AUGAGAGCCGCUGGCCGACGAGCCCCUUGCCCGCAACACCCCUGCAGCCCAUCGUAUGCUGGCAGCCCCGCAGCGCAGUGGGGCUGCGCGCCAUGCCCAGUGCACGACGCCAUCAGCAGCGGUGAUGAUGACGAUGAAUAUGGCCACGACCCACUCUUCUUUGACCCUCGACACCGCGGGACUGUGCGUAGCCCCGAAAAACGGGCGCAGCAGCAUCUCACCAGAAAGACCAAGUACGGAAAACAGUACGACUCGCACAUCCAUGAGCGGCGGCUCCGUGACCAGAGGAACUUCGAGUACGGAGCCAUUCCCGAACCUUCCGGAACAACCCGCGAUCUGCCACCUCCAAAGCCAAUUGGUUCGACGCGUGCACCUCCGCCGACCUUCGCUGGACGACAGGCGGUCACGAGUAAGGAACAGGCAGGAAAUUCGGCGCGUCAUCCGUCUUUGUUGCACCAGCCGCGGGCUCCUGUUUUGGGGCAUCCUGGUGAGUUGCCGCAGCAACUGCAGCCUGUCCAACUUUGGCAACCCCAGGCAAUUCCAAUUCGGAUGCCUUCGGUCUCAAAGCCAGCGCCUACAUCGUCGAAGCACCAGGUUGGUGCCCGGGUACAGGCGACGCCACCCGCAGCGGUCCAGCCUCGCGCGUCUGUACCGUCUGCACGCGUUCACAAUCAAGUUCAAGAGCACGCCAGGCUGCAGGUAGCACCCCAGAUAACGCCUCGUGCAAGUGUCGACGAGCGCGUGAUUCAGCAGCACCGCAAGAGGCGCGGAUCGUACUCGAAGCGGGAGUACUCGGACAGUUCAGGGGUUCAGAAGAAGGACAAGAAGGACAAGAAGAAAAAGAAGAAAAAGAAGAAAAAGAAACACAAGGAAAACGCGAUAGUUGUCUCCACGCCAAGCGGUCCGUUCUCGCCGGGAACCAAAACCAGGAAAAAGUCCCACAAAGCUCUGAAAAAGGCCCAGGAAAUGUGGCAAUUCAGCCAAUUUGUUGGAACUUGCUGCUUAAUAUUCGAAAUUAUCGGCACCAUCAUCAUUCUAUUGGCCGCAAUGUAUUGGCUCAUCCCAAAGCCUGUUGUCGACCCAAAGGAACUGCCACUGCUUUUCCCUUUUAAGAGCCAAUGCUUGGGCAAACAGCCGCUUGUUCUCCGGAGUCAGGUGAUCGUUGACGAAUAUGGGCUUAUCCUGAUUCGUUAUGCCAAUGGACCUGGUUGA